UAUUGUGCCCACGUCACAAGGCAAACACCUGAACACCAUUACAGGAAUUAAAAAAAAACUCGAAGGCACUGCAAGUGAAAGAAGAAAGGAAAGUAGACGCAGAAAUGCUUUGCGGGGGAUUUGUUUGCACUCGAAACUCCCUUUGCGCACUCAAUAUACUUUAUGUGUUGGUGAGUUUGCUGCUGGUGGGCGCGGCGGCGUGGGGGAAAUGGUUCGGCCUGGUGUCCAGUAUCGGAGUGGUGGCCGGCGUCAUCGGCGUGGGCGUCUUCCUCCUCCUGGUGGCCUGGGUGGGGCUCUGCGGCGCCCUGAAACACCACCAGGUGCUGCUCUUCUUCUACAUGAUCGUCCUCUUCCUGGUCUUCGUGGUGCAGCUGUCCGUGUCGUGCGCCUGUUUGGCGCUUAACGAAGAACAGCGGAAUCACCUCCUGGAGGCGGGCUGGAACAAGUCGGAGGCCAUGCAAAUGGAUGUGGAGAAGACGCUCAACUGUUGCGGCUUCGCUCAAGCGGAUUACAACCGAACCUGCGCCGCCAGUUGCUUCAAUCAGAAGCCGCCUUUGACGUGCGCCACGUGCUCUGAAAUCAUCGAAAAGUACGCCGGCCAAGUGCUGCGCUUUGUGGGCGGGAUCGGACUCUUCUUCAGCUUCACUGAGAUACUUGGCGUUUGGUUGGCCCGUCACUACAGAAACAUGAAAGACCCUCGAUCCACUCCCGGAGCUUUUCUGUGAUUGACGUCUAUCGCCGUCAUUCCUUCAUGUUGGUGUUCUCUCAGGUGACUUCUCAGCAAUAAACUUGUCUCCUUUCACAUCGGGCUACCCUCGUCU